UCACCUCCCCAGGGACGCAACUGCGGAGGGAGAAGGAGAGCCUGAGUGAGAGCUUCACUGGUAGGGGGGGAACGUGAGGGUACUGUGGGCACUGUGGAGCCACGUGCAGACGGCAGCAGAGCACAUUCACACUCCCAGCGACACUGGAGAUGUAAGAGGAGGAAACCAAGAAGCCCCAGCUCGCCUCCCUCGGUCCCCGAAGACCUGGAAGAUCUGCACAGAAGGGUGAAAAUCAGACCUCAGCUUUUCCACGGGGCGGCACAGGGAGCUGCUAAUGCAACAUGAUCCAGCGGGACUCGCACUAAAAAUACCAGCAGCCAGCAGGACUUGGACAGCCUAUAUCUGCUUAAUUGGCUAAAGAUUAAGAUUUUGUUUUCUUUUCCUGUUCAUUACUCUAAUUGGACAUUCCAAGGAUCUGACAAAGUAUUCCAAAACUUUCUCGCACAAGCAACCUAAAGGUAAUAUAUAUAUAUAUUUUUAAAUAUAUUGUAUAUACUUUUGAGAAUUCUUUAUCUGAAAAGUAGGCCUAUGUGUUUUUGGGUUUUUGUGGAAAUACAAAACUUUUCAAAAUCCUAUUAUGUUAUACAGCCAUAGUGAUAAAUUAUGCAUAUUAAAAUAGUAAUGUUUUGAUGGGGAAUUAUGUUUUAAUUUGAAUAUCUAAUAGAGAAUCUUUUUGGAAUACUUUGCAAAAAAUACAUGAUCACCUUACGUGCACCAAAAACAGAAAGAUACUGGAAUGUCUUUGUGACUUGCUGAGAUCUGAACUAAUGGAAAACUGAAGUCCUACCGCCUACAGGCCAAAUAACUGCAAAUCAUUUCUCAGCGUAAUCAGUGCAGCAGUGAUAAGUUUGCAGAAGAAUCAGUUAUUUCUGCGGGGAAAGCAGCCUUUUAAUCAUGAGGAAGACCGAGGUCCAGAUGACUCUGAAGAAGGGGGUCGAGGAGGGGGCCCGUGGAGUGGCGCCCCCUAGCCCCAGGAUACCGUCUAAGCGGGCCAAAGUGAACCUGGAUCAGGUGGUACCGGAAACGGGGGACUCGGUAUACCCCAGCCCGACCCCGCCCGUGUUCAUCCGGAAGAUGAGGAACGCCGCGGUGGGGAUCGGCUGCGACAUCCGUCUGAAGGUGGCGGUGGCAGGAGACCCUCAGCCCACCCUCUACUGGUACCGGAACGACGACCUGCUGGACAUGGAUAACCAGGAGUACGGCGGCCUGUGGAUCAGGGACUGCAAGCCCAGCGACGCUGGCCUCUACACCUGCAUUGCCAACAACCACCUGGGGGAGGCCAAGAGCAGCGCUGUUCUGGCCGUGCUGGACCUGGGGGAAGACUCAGAGACAACAGAAGAUGAGGCAGCAGAGCCCCAGAUACCCAUGGAGAGCAAAGAGGGGUCCAGGGGCCUUCAGGACCAGGCUGCCCAUCGAGCGCCUGCAGGUGACGGGGACAGGAUGAUGGACAUCACGCCUGACGCCAGCGGCCGCAGGGGCUCGAGGACCGACAGCUGGACUGGCAGUCAGAAUACAGUGGUAGAGAAGGAGGCACUGGCCUUGGGUUCGAGAGCACCCGGCCAGCAGGACCUCUCCAAGCCUGCCAGGAGCCAAUCUGAAGACGUUUUGAGGGAAGCUCACCCCCAAGUUCUCCCACCCCCCUCUCCCAAAAUUGGCCAGCGUCCCAUGACUUCCCCCAUAACCACCCGUUCCGGGUCUGCCCCCGGCACCCCCCUCACCCCCCGCAAGAAAGUUGUCAUCCCAACCGACUAUCUAGACACUGUACCAGGGGAAUUUGAGGACAAGAUCAAGCAGCCAAAAUCCUCAGCUAUGUCUCAGAGUAGUACCCAGGACUCCCGCCCCCAGACCCCAGUUAGUGAGUACUCUCGGAAGGAUCUGACCCCCCGCCCGUCCCCGAAGCUGACUCGGGCUAGCUCCAAGAUCUUCGAGAAGGUGCGAGUCUUCGAAGAGCGCAGGAGGAGCAUCGACCAGCCGGAGGGAUCCAUCUCUGGGCGCUCCUGGGCCGGCUUCAACCGUGCCGCCUCCUUUGACUCAGACGACGGCGGCAGCCGGCUGGGCAUCUCCAGGGAGAGCUCCAGGGAGGACCUGCGCGAGGCGCUAAAGGCAGACGCGGCAGAGAGGAGGUCCAUGUUCAGGCAGAGGGCCGCCUCUCUGGAGGACCGGCCGCGCUACUCCCAGAAGGUGCAGGACAUCGAGACCAAGUUCACGGAGGAGCUGCGGAGGAUCAAGAAGCUGGUGGGGAAGCCGCACCUGGCGAAGUCCUUCUCCACCGAGCAGCUCUCCCAGAGGAGCAGGCAGACGCAGCCCUUCCGGAAGCUUGAGCCCAUCCCCCCGCAGGUCAUCCAGAAGCUGCAGGACCGAGAGCGCCUGCAGCAGGAGGAGGAGCAGAGACAGCAGCAGCAGCUGAAAGAUGGAUCCCUACAAAUAUCCCCCAGAUUACCAGCAAAACAGGAAACUCAACAAGACCUGUCACAGACAGAAACGCUACGGCAGGAAGAGGCUCUGCCGCGACAGCUCGAAACCAAGAGACCCUCAAUAAGCAGCGUAACGGUGAGUCGGUUCGGAGAUGGAGCGGUUACCCCAGAGGCUAUGUCACUCACUGAGUUACCAGGACAACGCUCACCAAUACAGCCACCGAGGAGCAAUUCAGCCAGGGAGCCCCCUCAGAGCUCCCAGCAAAUUCAGACUCCACACGCAGCUAAAGAGCCGACACCCACGCCUCAUCCACCCAAGGAAGAGUCGCCACCGAGGAAGAUGGAGCUGCCGGUGAGGAUGGUGGAGCGAAGGCCUGCCAGUCCGCUGGUGAAGAGGGCAGCAGCCCUCGUCAAAGACCUCCCCGACGUCAACGAGAUGCCGGUCACUGAGCCUCCGAAGGAAGAGCCGCUACCCAGGAAGGUCGAGCUGUCUUUACGCAAGGUGGAACAGAGGCCUGCCAGUCCUCUUGUGCAGAGGGCAUCCCCUCAGGUUCAAGAACGCCCAACCCAAGCCCCGCCCAAGCCCCCGAGACUCGCAAGCUCCUCCUCCAUUCCCAGCGCCUCGUUAGAGGAGGAGAGGAUGGAGGUCGAGGUGACCCCCGUGUCCCCGCCCCCCAAGGUCGCGAUCCCCAUGAUCGUUGUGGAGGAAGAGCCUAUGGAAGUACAGGCCUCAGCGGAAAGCAACAGGGGAAAGAAAGCCAGCGGCACGAAGGAGGGAAGGAGCCGGGUUCGAGGGAAGGGUCAUCGCUCUCGGCCCAUGUCUCCAGAGCGCGACUCGUCGGAUGACUCAUAUGUGUCGGCUGGAGAGGACCCCCUGGAAGCCCCCGUGUUUGAGUUUGCCCUGCAGGACACGGUGGCGUCUGCCGGGUCGGACGUGAUGCUGAAAUGUAUCAUCGCUGGCACCCCUCUCCCGGAAGUGACCUGGAAGCGAAACGACGUGGAGAUAAAGAGCAGUCCCACCCACGUGGUGAAGGUGGAGGGCGAGAGGCAUUCCCUGCUGAUUAAGAAGGCCAAGCCGAGCGAUGCCGGCACAUACUGCGUCACCGCCGUCAACGAGGCCGGCAAGACGGCCUGCAACGCCACCCUCUUCAUCCAAUCAGAGCGCACUCAUGAGCCACGUGGAAACCUGGGCGUCCCCAUGGACAUCAGCAGUCCCAUCACGUCUGACGAGGAGUACCUCAGCCCGCUGGAGGAGGGCAUGGACUUCGGCAGCCCCACCUUCCGAGGGCCCGAGACCCGCAAGAUUGUGGACACGCGAUUCAGGGAGGCCCCCUCUUUCCUGGUGACUCUGACUGAUCAGGUGGUGGUUGAGGGACAGGAGGUCACCAUGUCUGUCCGAAUGCAGGGUCAGCCUAAGCCAAUCAUUUACUGGCUAAGGGACAGAGUGACCAUAAAGACCGGCGGCCGACACAUUGUGCGUGAAACGGAGAACGGGGCCUUCGAGAUGAAGAUCACAUCGGCGCAGAAGUCGGACGCGGGAGUCUACACCUGCAAGAUCAUCAAUGAAUUCGGGUCAAAGCAGUGCGAAGGCAGACUGGAGGUCAAAGCUGCCCCCGUGGAGCCGGUCCUGGCCAUCGUGCAGCCGGUGCGGGACGUGACGGUGAAGGCGGGCGAGACGGCGCUGUUCGAGUGCCAGAUGAUUGGCCCACAGGACGUGGAUGUGGAUUGGCUGUCGGACGGGAAGCUGAUCCAGCCGGCGCUGCUUAACUGCAAGAUGCACUUUGACGGGAGGAGGUGCCGGCUGCUGCUCAACUCCGUGCAUGAAGACGACAGCGGAAGCUACACCUGCAAGCUGAGCACCGCCAAAGAGGAGCUGACCUCGAGCGCCAGCCUCAGAGUCACCCCCUCCAUCCAGCCCCUGUUCACGCGUAAGCUGGACCUGCUGGAAGUGAUCGAGGGGCGCACGGCUCGGUUCGACUGCAAGGUCAGUGGAACGCCCCCUCCCAGAGUCACCUGGAGCCAUUUUGAGCACACGCUGGUCGACAGCGAGAACGUUCGCGUCCUGAAGGAGGGUGGCCGCCACUCUCUGGUCAUCGCGCACGUGACGAACGAGGACGAGGGGUUCUACACCGUCACCGCCCGCAACGCCCACGGUGAGGCGGAGAGCUCGGCCGAGCUGUACGUGCAGGAGCCUCGGCCCGCCAUCUCCUCGCAGAUGGCAAAGUUGGAGAAGAUGCCGUCCAUCCCCGAGGAGCCGGAGGUGGCGGAGAGCGAGAUGGAGCGCUUCACCAUGCCGGACUUCGUCAAGCCGCUGUACGACCUGGACGUGGUCGAGGGCAAGGAGGCCGUGCUGAAGUGCAAGGUGGCCGGCCUCCCGUACCCCACCAUCACCUGGUUCCACAACGGCGUCAAAAUCGAGAACACGGACGACAGGAAGAUGACACAGUACAGAGACAUCCACAGCCUGGUCAUUCGCUCUGUCUGCCACGCCCACGGAGGCGUCUACAAGAGUGUCAUCUCCAACAAGGUGGGGAAGGCGGCCUGCUAUGCCCACCUGUACGUCACAGAUGUCCUUCCCGAUCCUCCGGAUGGGGCUCCAGUUGUGGAGGGGAUCACAGGAAAGACCAUCACCCUGAGCUGGAAGAAGCCCAAGCGGCUGGACCCCUCCAUAGAUGCCAGCUCUCUGAUGUACGCCAUCCAACAGCAAGCGCUGGGGUCGAUCCAGUGGACCAUCAUAGCCUCCGGUUUGAAGCAAACCUCCUACACAAUCACGUCUCUCUCCAAAGGAGUCCGCUACUCUUUCAGGGUCUUGUCGACCACCAGCAAGGCCUUCAGCAAGCCCUCUGCGGCCACAGAGCUGCUGCAGCUUCUGGAGAGAGGCCCGUAUCUUCGGGAAGCCCCAGUCAUCAUUGAUAAGCCGGAUGUGGUGUACCUGGUGGAGAGCCAGCCGGUUAGCAUCACCGUCACCCUCAACCACGUCAAUGCAACAGUCACCUGGAAAAGGAGGGGCGUGGUGCUGGUGAACAAGCCGGGCGUGUCUGAGAUGAGCAUGCCGGACGAUGACCAGCACACGCUGAAGCUGGUGCGGGUGCGGAGCAGCGACGUGGGCCAGCUCAUCUGCAUGGCCAGCAACCAGUUCGGCAGCGACUCCUGCAUCCUCACGCUGGAGAUGGCAGUGCCCCCGACCUUCGAGUCCAUCAUGGAGGACAUGGACGUCCGCGUCGGAGAGACGCCCCGUUUCGCUGUGGUCGUCGAGGGAAAGCCCAUCCCGGACAUCAUGUGGUACAAGAACGACAUGCUGCUGUCAGAGGGCAGCCACUACACAUUUGUGUACGAUGACAACGAGUGCUCGCUGGUGAUCCUCAACACACAGGAAGAGGAUUCAGGCGUGUACACCUGCACAGCCAAGAACUUAGCCGGAGCCGUGUCCUGCAAGGCCGAGCUCACUGUUCACACAGCCAAAGAGGAGAGGGAGGAGCCGAUGGAGGACGAGGAGACUAUUCUGAGGAAGAUGCGCAGACUGACUGAUUACUAUGACAUACACAAGGAAAUUGGGAGGGGUGCAUUUUCUUACGUCAAGCGGGUGACACAGAAAGCGGGAAAGGCGGAGUACGCGGCGAAGUUUAUCUCUGCUCGUGCCAAGAAGAAGGCCUUGGCUCUGAGGGAGAUGACCCUGCUCUCUCGACUCGACCACGAGAGGAUUCUCUACUUCCAUGAUGCCUUUGAGAAGAAGAACGCCAUCAUCAUCAUCACCGAGAUAUGUCAAGAGGAAUUUCUGGAUAAACUGAUGAAGAAGUCCGCUGUCAUGGAGUCUGAGAUACGAUCCAUCAUGAGGCAGCUGCUGGAGGGAGUGGGCUACCUUCAUCAGAACAACAUCGUGCACCUUGACAUCAAGCCUGAAAACAUCCUCACGGCCGACGCGACCGGGGAGCAGGUCCGGAUCUGUGAUUUCGGGAACGCCGUGGAGCUGACGCCUGAAGAGGCACAGUACUGCAAGUAUGGCACUCCCGAAUUCGUCGCCCCGGAGAUCGUUAACCAAACGCCCGUCUCCAAGGCAACGGACAUCUGGCCAGUCGGAGUCAUUACUUAUCUAUGCCUGACCGGCGUGUCUCCGUUCGUCGGGGAGAAUGACCGCAGCACCGUGCUCAACAUCAGGAACUACAACGUGGCGUUCGAGGAGAGCAUGUUCGCCGACCUCUGCAAGGAGGCCAAAGGAUUCGUCAUCAAGCUGCUGGUGGCAGACAGGCUGAGACCAGAUGCUAAUGAAUGCCUCCGACAUCCAUGGUUUAAGAUGUUGACAAAGGGAAAGAGCAUCAGCACAGAGGGACUCAAGCAAUUCUUAUCGCGAAGAAAGUGGCAACGGUCACUUAUCAACUAUAAGUCCAAAAUGGUCAUGAGGUCCAUUCCAGAGCUUCUGGAUGAUUCCUCCAGCCAUAUCUCCAUCGCUGUUCCCAAACACCUCAAAGAGGGCUCCCCCCCGCCCUCCUCAUCCUCGGAUUCGGACGAGGACAUCGACGAGCUCCCCUUCAUCCCCAUGCCUCUCACCAUGGACUUCUCCGGCUCCAGAAUGUCUCUGAAUGAGAUGCAGGGGGAGGAGGAGGCAGCAGGCCGGCCCAACGGCACCAUGGAGGGCGUGGCUCAGGCCGGCCAGGGGGAGGCGCCCAUGGAGUGUGAUCCAGAGGUUCAGGAGAAGGAGGGCGGGGAGUCAGCGGGGCGGGGCCGCGCCAGGAAGAGGGCGACGCAGGAGGAGGACAGAGGGUCUUCAGACGAGGAGCCCGGGGAGACCGCAAGGAGGUCAGAGAAAUCCAAAAGGCCCCUGCGCAGGGGUUCGAGCGCAGAGUCGGACAAGGCGGAGGCGGGUCACCGUAGGGGCGAGCUGCGGAGGGGGAGCUCCGCCGACAGCGCCCUGCUCCUCCACAUCACACCAGAGGAGGGCGCUGUGGAGGCGGGCGCCGACCACGGCAGCAAGGUCCUGAAAAAAGCCGUUUCCAUGGAGCUGCCCCGUCGGAGCCCGAGUCCGGGGGCCGGGAAGCUGAGCCAGGAGGACUACGCUCUGAAGCUGGAGCUCAUGCGGCAGAGGCUGCUGAGGGGGGGCUCUGUGGACAACAAGAUGAGCGGCCUCCGGGGCCCCCUGCUGGAGACGCUGGGUAUGGGCGACGAGAAACGCAUCUCAUCGCUAGAGCGAUAUGUGCGGCCGCCUCGUUUGGGUGCCCCUCCGCUGAUCAGGGCAGCCUCUAGUGAGAGUCCUAAAGACGACAUCCCAAAAACCAAGGUCCUCCGCAAGAGUGCCUCUUUCAGCCAGGGGGACUCCGAGCCCAUACCCCUGCAUCGGCGGUCGGGAGCACCACUGGAGAUACCCCUGGCCCAGAUAGAGGAACGGAGACUGCAGGAGGCCCCAUCCAUGUCUGCUCUCACCGAGCAGAGCAAGCUGGAGUCUCUUCCUGUUACUCCCAAAAAUCUGUCCAAACCACCCACCCCAGACCUGGAGGAACAGGAGCAGGAGCAACAGCAGGAGAUCUCUGUCAGGAAGGAAGAAGAGAAACUGGAAGCAAAUGAGAGCGAGCUGGAGGAGAAAGAGGUAGAAAGUGUGUCAAAAGAGGGUAGUGCUGAUGAGAGUAUGACCCCAGCUGCUCUCCCGGAGAAGGAAGUGAGCAUGUUAGAUGAAGCAACGAAAGAACCUAGGAAGGUGCCCCAGAAAACGUCUCUGUCUAUGACUCCUAGAAUCGUAGUGGAGGAAAACAUUGAGGAAGAAAAGAAAGAAGAAAAAGUACAGGAAGAAAACGAGGAGUCUGUCAUUGAGACAAAAGAAGAGGAAGUGAAGCCACAGAGGAAGUCUCCUGAUAUUACCAUCACCACCAGCUCUAUCAUGGUGCCGCCCGUGGGGGUGGCCACAAGGUCUCCACAAAGCAGUGUAGUUUCCACCCACAUCUCCCCCUCCCCGCCGGCUCGUGUCACACUGCCAGACGGCAGGACCUCUGCCUACGCCAGCAUCAUGCAGACCAUCAUGGUCCCAUCGCUACAGCCAGCCAGUACCCCUGCACCUGCUCCCACACCCACCCCACCCACUGUCACACCUGUCCCAACUCCCACCCCUGCCCCUGCCCCUGCCCCAGCCAGGCCAGAGCUGCCCCCAUCAGCAGAGCAUCCCGCCGUCUUUUCCAAGGUGGCGUCCUCCGAACAGCCUGCAAAGGAACCCAGCCCCCCCAGGACCACUGUCCUCCCCUCCCCUGCGAGAGAGCCGUCACCCAACAUCAAGGACAUCACCUCGGAGGAGGUGUUCGAGGCGAGGUUUAAAAAGCGAGAGUCGUCUCUGUCGCGGAGCUUUAAGCUCCUGACCAGGUCGAAGGGCGAUGAGAAGGCUUCUGUGGAGUCUCCCGCACCCGGGGAGGAGAUCUACCGGCCGGGGCCUAUCGGUGCUCCCCUAGAGUUCGUCAGGCCUGAACUGCCAAGGAGGCUGGAGGAGAAGUCCAAGUCUGUACAGGACCUGAGGGAGGCUUCCAAAGACAGCAGCUUCAUGAAGAGGCUGUCUCUGCGCUUGCGUAGACCUCCGUCAGUGGAGAGGAAGGAGGAGCCGCCCGCCUCCGAGCCUGCCGCCAGGAGGAGGCUGUCCUGGACGAUGGGCCGCAGCAGAUCGCAGGAGAAGAAGGAGGUGGAGAUGGCGAGGCUGGACGGGGGGGCCGAGCCUCCGCAGGAGCAGGAAGCCAAGGAGUCGAAGAAGACCACCGAUUCCCCCGUCCUGGCCAUGCGCAGGAAGAUCGAGUCCACAGUGGCGGGGAUCUCCAUGAGAAUCCGCAGUCACUCGGAGGACCGGAAGGCGGAGGAGAAGGAGGGCAAGCCCGAGAGCAAGAGGACGCCGCUGCUCUCUCUGCUGCGCCGGUCCAGCACUGCGGCCUCCACGGAGUCUCUCGAGUCCACAUCCAGCAUCCAAUCAGAGACCUCCGUCAAAACCGUAGACAGCGACCGCAGGUCGAGGUGGGACCGCUGGGGUUUAACCAGGAGCAGAAGAGACAAGACGGUGUCCCAGCCGGACAUCCCCUCGGCCAUCGCCCGGGAGAACGGCUCUCUGCGCGGCCGCCAGUACACCCGCCUGGCCUCCGACUUCCCCCCUGUGUUCCACAUCAAGCUGCGAGACCACGUCCUUCUGGAGGGAGAUCCCGUCACCCUGAGCUGCCUCCCUGCUGGAAGCCCCCACCCACACAUCACAUGGAUGAAAGAUAAGCAGCCUCUUGAGAUUGACGCCAGGAUGAACAUGAUCUCGUGUCCCGACGGGAGGCAGCUGCUGAUGAUCAUGAGGACGACGAAGCAGGACGCGGGGCUGUACGAGUGCAUGGCCACCAACCCGCUGGGCUCUGUCACCAGCUCCUGCACCAUCUCCCUCGCCCGUCUCCCCGACCGCCCAGGGACCCCAGAGAUUCCUCAGAAGUACAGGAACACUGCCCUGGUGUUGUGGAAGCCCUCUGACACCCAGGCACCCUGCACCUACUCGCUGGAAAGGAGAGCAGAGGGUGAAACAAACUGGCUCAUUGUAGCGACGGGUAUUGCUGAGUGUUACUACAAUGUCACAGACCUUCCACCAGGGGGCACCUUUAGGUUCAGGGUGGCCUGUGUGAACAAGGCCGGCCAGGGGCCCUACAGUAACCUCUCUGAGAAGGUGUGCCUGGACCCCACAGCGGCCGCCAAACCUCCUGCUACUGCUGUCGUCAAGACCCCGCCCUCUGUCACGCCCCCCAUUGUGACAUCAUCAGUGACUGUGCCUCCCAUGAAGCCGGCCCCCACAGCGCCUACCUCCCAGCCUGCUCCCGCCCCUGCGGUCUCUGCCCCCUCUGUCACCCAAAUCACCGCCCCGUCCCCGUCCAAAACCCCGACCCCAGCUCCAUCUGCCCCUAUUCCCCCUCCCGCUCCCAUGCCCCUCCCUCCCCAGCCUGCCCCCUCGCAUCGCACCGUCACCUCAUUCCAGACCGUCGGCUCGGUUACCCCCACCACGGCCAAGGCCAAGACCACCCUCAACAUCACCGUCACCACGCCCUCCCACGCUAACGCCCCCAGCCAGCCGGCACCCCCACCGGCCAGACCCGCGCCUCCACCCGCCAGACCCGCGCCUCCACCCGCCAGACCCGCACCUCCACCCGCCAGACCCGCGCCUCCACCGGCCAGACCCGCACCCCCAAUCCUGCCCAAACCACAGAGCCCCAUCAAUAUCGUCCCCCCCAUGUCUCAGACUGCCCCCGUCGCCCCCCCUCCCUCCAUCGGCAAACCCAUCUCCUCCGUUCCCCUGUACGUCCCAGCCACCACGGCACAGACCACGCCCGCCCCUGCCCCCACUCCCGUCCCCGGCCCUGCCCCCGCACCCUCCCUCUCGCCCCCUGUGGUGCUGGUGACCAGCCUGAGCCCCGUUGGGGAUGGCAUGACCACGCCCACUCUCAUGACCCCCACUGGCCGGGCCACGCCCUCUGGCCGUGUGACGCCCUCCGGACGCAAGACUCCAUCCGGCAAGCCUGGGGAGACCGCCCUGCGCCAGGGAGUCCCCCAGAAACCCUACACAUUCAUGGAUGAGAAGGCCAGGGGCCGAUUCGGCGUGAUCAGGGAGUGCCGAGAGAACGCCACGGGCAGCCUCUUCAUGGCCAAGAUUGUGCCGUACGAGCCGGACAGCAAGCAGGGGGUGCUGCAGGAGUACGACAUUCUCAAAUCGCUGCACCAUGAGAAGAUCAUGGCUCUGCACGAGGCCUAUGUCACCCCCCGCUACCUGGUGCUCAUCUCUGAGUGCUGCGCUGGGAAAGAGAUCCUCUACAGCCUCAUCGAUAGGUUCCGCUACUCGGAGGACGACGUGGUGGGCUACAUCGUGCAGCUCCUGCAGGGCCUGGACUACCUGCACAACCGCCGCAUUCUGCACCUGGAUAUCAAGCCCGACAACGUCAUCGUCACCUACAUGAACGUUGUGAAGAUUGUGGACUUUGGCAGCGCGCAGAACUUCAACCCGCUGUUCCUGAAGCCGUACCCCCGUCGCCUGGGGACUCUGGAGUUCAUGUCUCCCGAAAUGCUGAAAGGGGAUGUGGUUGGCCCCCCUGCGGACAUGUGGAGCGUCGGGGUUCUGACCUACAUCAUGCUCAGUGGAAGACUGCCCUUCCUGGAGCCUGACCCACAGGACACAGAGACCAAAAUCCAGGCGGCCAAGUUUGACCUCAGCAAGCUCUACCCAAACGUAUCCCAAAGUGCCUCUCUGUUCCUGAGGAAGAUCCUGUGUAGCUACCCCUGGGCUCGUCCGACCAUCAAGGACUGCUUCAGCAACUCGUGGCUGCAGGACGCCUACCUGAUGAAGCUGCGGCGGCAGACCCUCACCUUCACCACCACGCGGCUCAAGGAGUUCCUGGUGGAGCACCAGCGCCGCCGCUCUGAGGUCGCCACCAAGCACAAGGUCCUGCUGCGCUCCUAUCAGAGUUCCCCGCAGUCGCCCACCUCGCCCACCUCGCCCGCCACGCCCGUCACCCAGUGAGCGCAGCCACGGCAGGAGCAGGUGGGCUGGCUGGUGCAGGUGGGGCGUCCCAGGGUCUCCAGGAGGCAGGAGCGGGUGGCGCAGCCCCCCCACCACCAACACCUCUCGCUCUGGGACCCAGGGCUAUGGUGUCGUCUCCCCCCCCACCCCCCCGGGCGGGGCAGGGAGGCUGUGCAUGUGGACGAACCCCCCCCAGCUCCCCCCCAGGGUCAGCAGCCAGCCACGCCCACGUCACUGCGGAAAACUCGCUUCUGCAACAAGACAAAAACAGAGUGGAUUUCAUAGCAAAUACCUCAUGGACCGUCUGACAGAGCAUGCUCAGUGCCUCUGUGCUCUGAGCUGUCACCCUGAUCCUGCUCCCCUCCACACCUCUCUUCCCCUGUUCUUAAUUCCAGUGUGUCCUGCUUUACUGAUCGUCAUGGCCAGUGGGCUCUGGUUAGAGGGCUGGAGACUGCUGGCCAAUUACGGUUUGAGACAUUGCGGUCUCUGCUGAAGAUCUUUCCUUUAACACUCAGAAAUCUAGAUCGAACAUUGCUGGCCACAGUGUAAUCUGAGUGUGGAGUUUUGCAGCUUUUCCCAUUUCUCAGCUGGGAGCUUCAUAUUUGUGGAGAUAUACAGUGUAUGCCUUUCAGUUCUACUUUAUAUGAGCUGGGUUAUGUUCUCUUAUCACUAGUAACUAUUUUGGCGGUAAUUAUCAGUAUAAAUUGGGUGUCCUGAUGGCUGACAAAUGUCAGAGUAGAUGGGAUAGGGUGUGCAUACAGUAACUGUCCACUGGGGUACAGGGCGAAAAGGGUUUGUGUCUGUUAUUAUGAAGAUGUAAGAGGGGAUGAACCAGUGGUACUGCAGAAAAGACUGAACAUUUGAGGACUUGAAAUAAAUGCUUAUUCAGAAAUGUAAUGUUAAUGAUUGAGUCAUCUGGCAUGAAAUAGUGGCUGAUAUUUGAAUGCAUUAUGGUCAGAAUCCUGCUGAUCCACAGGCCCACUUGAAUGCCAACCGGAUAUGACCGCAUAUAACCGGAUUCGACAGGAAAUGUGAAACUAAAGAAGGAGACUCUCACUGCUGCUCAGUGGCCAUAUUGCACUGCAUGACAUAAAACGGACAUUUGAACAGAACCUUUCUGUAAGGACUGCCAACUCUACAUCUGAAACUCGAAUUGACCUCUUUUGCAGACAGCUGCUUAUAGACAGAAGUUAUGUCUGUCUGCCACAGUCAUAUCACUGGUAUAUACACAACAGUCAGUAAAGACUGCUCAGAGCUAAGAAGAAAGAAUGAAAGCCACUCCAGGUUAGAUUAGUUUGAAGUGACUUUGUUCUUCUCUAUAAUACCAAGUUCUGCUGAAUAGACCGUUAAAGAGACAUACUCGUGGCGGCUGUGCUGUAAGCGUUAUGGCCGUUUGAGAUGGGAGGGAGGCUGCCUGGCCUGUUUUUACACCGGAUUAAGUGAUUGGCUGAACAGGUCCCCAGAGCAUGCUGUUCUGAUGAAGGAGGGCCCCUCUCCUGCCUCACAGUUCAGCUCUUUCUGUUCCCUGGGCCCUAUGAUGCAACUGUAUACCUGUAGGUAUACAGAGAUCACCCUUUAAGGGAUUGGGGGUUAGCUGACCUUUUUUAAUUGCCUGUACCUAAACCCAGUACCCAGAGAUUGUGAGGAAUUCAUGAAAAAGUGUUAUCUCUCCAUACAGAGAUUUUGCCCUGACACUAAUCCAUUUUCCAAGCAUGUCUGGCCAUGUGUGGCUCUUCCCCAUAGCGGCGUCUCUGACAGAAACCAUUUGCCUUGUAAGCAUGGCAAUGGCUUCACAUAAUACCGUGUGAAGUGCUUACUGGGAUUCAAAGGAAAAGGGCAGCCUCCAAGAAAUAUGUAUAAUAAUUUAAUAAUUUCAGAGUUUUUAACCUAAUUUGUUUUAUGACAGACUAUUGAAGGAGCUGAUGAACACUGGUGAGUAUUGUGUGACAAAGCAACAAAUUUUGAAGGAAAUGAUCUCUCUGUCAGCGUAAUAUACUUCAGAUAAUACAAAUUAUUUGGAUUUGCUUUGAUUUACUGGGUUUUGAAAUUGAUUGUAAAAAGCAAUAUGGCACAGUUUUUAUUUGUUUUAGAAGACUAGUGUGGUGAACUUGCAUAGAGCAAAGCAAAAAAAACUACAACUACAUAUAAAGACAGUGACUACAUAAUAAUUAUCUUGAAAUUGGAAUGAAUUGAAAUUGAGGUUAUUUUUCAUUUAAUUAUUGAAAUUGAAAAGAAAUGUAUUUCUGUUUUAUUUCAAGUUGUUUUUUAAAGAAUGUAUUUUACAAAUACAUGAACACCAUUAGGAUUGAUGUUGGACACAACACAUAAUAAAGGUUUGAUUGUGUAGGUGUGUUGUGCUUUUAAUGACAUGUUGGAGGUAAAUGACAACACUAACAUGGGUACUCUAGUUGAUUGUAAAAUUCCCUUUUAUUCUAAAAUUGCAUCAGUGAGGUUUUUUUUUUGACAAUAGACUGUUUACAAAAGUCUUCUUGGACGUGUAAAUCGACGUUGUGGUCGAGUGUGAGAAUGUUCAGUAGUCGCUUGUGUUACGGCCCGUGUGUUUGGCACUGAGUCAUAGAGCCACUGAUUCUAUUACAAAACUGUUGUUGUGCUCCUUGCUUAUUGAGUAAACUUGGUCUGUUCUUUAAAAGUGACAGUAUUUGUUACAAAUGAUAAUAUCCUGAAGAUAUUUCACACAGGCAUUGUUGUUUAGAUGGGAAAAGCCCACAUACGUUUUUUUUUUUUUUUUUUUUUUAAAUACAUUGACUGUAUAUAUAUACCAGAUGCCCUAGGAGUGAAUGUAAAUGUUACUGAAGUCAAAGGUAGUUUCUGAACAGCUCAGCGUCAGUAAAAACGUGAGGAAAUGCGUUUGGUUUUAAGCAGGCGGAGCCGAAUGGAGACAGGCCUCUGUGAUUGGCUGAGAUGCGGGCGUGCACGGUGCCUAGGCUGAGCUGCUUCACCUGUUGCUGCUUCUCAGAGUACAGACAUGCAUUACCCACAAACACUGCCAUGUCUCCACAUGCAGUACUCUGUAGCUACAAUAGAGUACAUGCCCCUGACCCCCCCCCUUCUCUCUGGCUCCUGCCGCUGGUUCCAAGUGUUCUGACAUCGUAGCCCUGCUGACGUAGGCCUGAUGGUACAGGCCGGCUCCCAGUGAAGGCCAUGCAAUUUUUGUAUAUUUGAAUGGGUGAAUCAACAAGGAUUGGGAGGGGGGAAGUUUAUAUAUGUGAAACUCUCGGGUUUGUAAAAGACACUCUCGCAGUUAAGGUGUCGCCCUUUGUGGCGCAGUACCUGGGAGCCGGCCUACCUGCCCGCCACCCGCUACACUCGGGAGCCACGAACAGGAGCUGGUGGUUUGUAAAUUCACAGCAGUGACGGUCCGUUUCGAGUCGUCUGUAAAGUGUUGUUUCCAGUGGUUUGUUUUGUUUAUUUAUUUAUUUAUUGGUAAGAAUCGGUUAUGACUCUGGAACCUUUUACAACUUUGUGGAAUUACUCAUUUAACUCUGGUGUGGAUCAAAGGCAUGAUAGCUGAGAACAGAGAAUCAUAAUAAAGAAAAUAUGACAAACUA